AUGGUACCAUUCGACCCCGAGGAGUUCCACGAUGAGGCGCUCAAGCCCAACGGUAUCGACACCAUCUUUGGCGUACCCGACUCGAGUCUCAGCGGGCUGCUGAGCUACCUCGCUGCCAACAAGUCCGCGCCGCAGCACAUUGUCAUGGCCAACGAAGGCGGGGCCGUCGCCCUCGCCGCCGGAUACCACCUCGCCACGCGCAAGGUGGCCAUGUGCUAUAUGCAGAAUUCGGGACUCGCCAAUGCGCUGAAUCCGCUGCAGAGCCUGGCGGCCAAGGAAGUGUUUGGGAUUCCCAUGCUGCUCAUGAUAGGGUGGCGCGGCAAGCCAGGCAUCAAGGACGAGCCACAGCAUGCCUUGAUAGGUCCGCGCCUUUUGGACAACUUAAGAGCAAACGACAUCCCUUUUGAAGAGAUACCAGACUCGAUACCUCAGUCUAGGGAAGCGAUAGGGCGGUUGAUCUCAAGGUCGCUGGCAAAGAACACGCCGGUCGCGCUGAUCGUGCCUCCCGGGGCCUUUACUCCCUACACGAACAUGAAGGAAGCAGUAAUGGCAACACACGUGGACGCCAACAGAGCAGUCACCCAUGUCGAGGCAGAGAGCUGGCUCACUUCAAACUUUGAUCUGCAACUCUCUCGCGAACUCGUCGUGAGGCGUGUCCUUGCACACAUGGCAGAGGCUGAUGUCUCCGUGUCGUCGCUCGGAGGGACAAGUCGCGAGCUGUACAUGGUCCGGAAGGAGAAAGGCGAACCUCUUUCGUCAAACUUCUUCUGCCUUGGAGCCAUGGGACAUUCCUUUGCCGUGGCCAACGGAAUCAGGCUGCGGCCGUCCUCCGGCAAGGUUUUUUGUAUAGACGGUGACGGGUCCUUCAUCAUGCAUUUGGGAAACAACGCCGUGUUGGCCGACAUUUCGCAGCCUGACCUGGUUCAUGUCGUGGUCUUCAACGGGGUUCACAGCUCGACUGGCAGCCAGCCACUUACGAUUAGUAGAGAUGCAUUUCUCGCAGCGGCCAAUGGCCUCAGCUACCAACGAAAGUUCUUUGUCGACAACAUCGAGGGCUUGGAUCGGGCGCUGAGCUUGCUGGACAGUCGAAACACCCUCAUUGUCGCGCUGGCCAACGACUCGGCGUCGGCAAGCCUUCCGCGACCGUCGGAGACUGCCAGCGAGCUAAAGAAGCUGUUCAUGGGACACUUCACUUAA